AAACCUCACCAAUUCUCGUGGGUCCUGAGCGUUCUCCCGCGGAACCUUUGAACCGGGUACUCAAGCCAACAGGGGAAGAGCAGCGGAAGGGACUUUUCGGAACGACUUGGAACUAAAGGAAGUGGAUGAAACGCGGAAUCAUGGCCACUAUGGUUGCUGUUUGUGGUGGUCUAAGGAGGAAGAAGUUGACACACCUGGUAACCGCUGCUGUCAGCCUUACACAUCCCGGGAUUCACACUGUGCUGUGGAGAAGAGGUUGUUCACAAUAUAAACAGGUAGCCAGCAAUGAAGACCUGCCCAUUCCAAUGGAAAACCCUUAUAAAGAACCACUUAAGAAGUGUAUCUUGUGUGGAAAGCGUGUAGAUUAUAAGAAUGUACAGGUCUUUGUGGGAAGAAACAGAAAGAAAUCACAAAAGCAAUUAAGAGAGCUCAAAUAUUGGGGUUUAUGCCAGUUACAUACAAGGAUCCUGCAUAUCUCAAGGACCCUAAAGUUUGUAAUAUCAGAUAUCGGGAAUAAAUUCUAUCACAUUACCACCAAUAAACUUACCUUACAAUACAUGGUUGUAUGAUGCCAAUACUGACUCAAACCAACCUUUGGAUAGAAAAGUGUUUCAGGAGUGAGGUAAGGAAUGACACUGCCCCUUCAUACCAGUCAGUGUCCAUUAAGCACAUCACUUAUUUAAAAUGUUAACACUCAUCACAUUUUACAUGUUGAAUAAAAGUGGUUCUGUGUGAUUGUCAUUUA